AUUUAUUCAAAUCGACCGCUAAAAACCGCUGUAAACGUAUACCAUACAAACCAUCAACCUGUUUUCCAUUCCAAUUCAAUGAAAUAAAAAAACAUUCACACUACGAACUGUCAAAAGUCGUUCGUUGUCGAUCAAAUCCUUUGUGGCGUUUGUGUUCUCGUAAAACAGGAUCAGAAGAGAAAUGGAAGUCGAUGACGAAGAGUUCGAGGCGCCUUCAUCCAGCAGCAAGGGUGAAAAGAAACGCUUCGAGGUGAAAAAAUGGAAUGCCGUUGCUUUGUGGGCUUGGGACAUUGUUGUCGACAACUGCGCUAUUUGCCGUAAUCACAUUAUGGACCUUUGCAUUGAAUGUCAGGCAAACCAGGCGUCAGCGACCAGUGAAGAGUGCACAGUAGCGUGGGGCGUGUGCAACCAUGCCUUCCACUUUCACUGCAUCUCGAGAUGGCUGAAAACACGGCAAGUCUGUCCGCUCGACAAUCGAGAGUGGGAAUUCCAGAAGUACGGGCACUAGACGAAACUGCACACAACAGUUCUGUAUUAUAUCCAAAUAAAUUCCAACGAGCCUCUGGAAUAUUCAGUUUUAAGUUCUCUCUUCAUUUCCGCUUCUUUCCGUUGAGUUCCCCACCAAGACGGGGUUGCUUUGCUGCUCCGAACUGCUUCCUUUCAGCAGGAAUGGAAAUUCUCCGUGGAUUAAAAUUCUUCGAUCUGGAGGCCCCUUCGAAUAACAAUAAUUUGAUUUACACCUGGGAAUAAAAAUUAAUUAAAGUUUCUUUUAAAAUUAAAAUGGAAGAGUUUUAUGAAACCGAA